UUCAUGCUGAUGAGUGAUGUUGAAUGAUGACGAUACAAAUAAAAGACAUCCUUUAAGCUUUCUCUAGUACUGAGCCCCACUAGUUUCCAAUUUUUAUCUUCAGUUUCUUUCUUUAUAUCUCAUAUCAUAUAGAGAGACUCUGCUUUCUCACCUUCUUCUUUAUCUAAGGAAAGAAAAACAUAGUUUUCUUUUAAGAGAAACAAUCACCAACUCUUGUGAAAAGAGAUAGAGAGAGAGAUGGGGAAUAACAAGUUCAGGCUUUUAGAUAUGAUCCCAAAUGCAUGGUUUCAUAAGCUCAAAGACUUGACUAAACAGUCUAAACCCAAAACCAAACCUUCUUCUUCUUCAAACACAUGUAACAAGAAGAAACCUUCCUCAGAUUCUCUUCCUCAUCAUCACUCUUAUCUCUCCAACAGCUUAGUAGCUAAUAAUCCUCCUCACCAUAACUCACCAAGAAGCUCUCUUCACACAAGACGGAUGAGUAGUAAAAGAAAGACUCUUUACAAGCCGUCCCUUAACCUUUUGACACCUCCUCUUCUUGUAUCCGCAGGUUUCAACAAGAGCAAGAUCAAUGGUCAAGAUUCAUCUCACUGCUUGCUCCCAGUUCUUGAAACCUCCCCUGAGUCUUUCGUAUACAGUUUCUACGAAGAGGAAGGUGAUGAUGAAUUCUUUGACUUUUCCAACUUCAAGAUCGACACAAAGAGCAAAGCCUUCACUAAGCACAAAGUCAAAGAUUCUGAUUCUGUAGAGAAAUCUUGUCCUACAAGUAACCCGAUCAAGAAACUACAGAAAAGCCAUCUUUCUGUGAAGAUUAACAGAGAGAACGAAGAAGAUGAUGAAUAUAGAGUCGAGAAGAAAUACCAAAGGCGAGUGUCUAGUGGAAGAAAAUCCUCAGCAGGGAUAAACCUCAAAAGAGUAAAUUCACCUAGAAUUCAACUCUCAGGAAUGCGUAAAAGCACGUCAAAAAGAUCAGAGAGCAGCAGACAAGAUGUUCUUGAGAGCUAUGCUGUAAUGAAGCGGUCCGUUGAUCCAAAGAAAGAUUUCAGGGAAUCAAUGAUUGAGAUGAUAGAAGAAAACAACAUCAGAGCUUCAAAAGACUUGGAGGAUCUUCUCGCUUGUUACCUUUCUUUGAAUCCAAAGGAGUAUCAUGAUCUAAUCAUCCAUGUUUUCGAACAAAUCUGGCUUCAACUUACAAAAAUCAAAUAAAAUCUCUAAAUGUAACGUUGGUUAACCUAAUGGUCAAAUUAGUAUAAGUAUGUCUUGUGAAAUUUGUAGUCGUUGACUUGUUGUUAAUGUUCAUAUGAAGUUAGAUGGAACUGUGGAGAUUCUCUUUGAGCCCAC